AUGUCUUCGUCAUCCAAUGCUAUUGCUAUCCCCCGGCGCAAGGGCAAGCACCCGGCUGCCUCCCGACACUCGGUCGACUCAUCCUCGUCCUCGAGUGCUUCUACACCCAGCACUCCCAGCUACGCUUCUCAUUCUCGCAACUACCAGUUUACCCCGACUGAGAACCGCUUCUCCUAUGGCUCCUACGGCAGCUCCGCUUCGUCAUCGCCGUCCAACAGCCCGCAGUCGGCGAGCAGCAUGAGGCGGAGAGAGAGUUUGAUGAGUGCGACAUUCUCCAAGGCAGAGCAUACGGUGAUUAAUGUUGGAGAGGAGGAAUGUCCUCGUUUGAUUACAUGCGUGAAGGCUAGCCAGGGAUUUGAUUGGAACCAGGAAAUCUUCCUUCCGUCCUACGCCGAUUACCACUUUGAUGACCUCGAGUGUCGCCAGGAUCCUGUUCAGGAUAUCAUACUCACAGACGAGGAGGUCAAGAACAUGUUUCCGUCAUAA